AAGUUAUACCGUUCUGUAUAAAGCCCGUAGUUAAGUAUUUUUAGCCAAUCAGCGCUGCAGACAUCCCGCAUAAACCGGUUAAAAAUAGCUAUUGUAAACAAAAAUAAUAAUAUAAACACCAACAAUAUCGAUGGACAUUCUAGGAACUCAUUCACAAAAAUCAAUUUUGUAGAAAAAGCUAACACAUAUUCAUAAUGAAAAAGUUAAAAAUUGAGCCGUUGACACUGGGGGGACGGAUACGAUAAUGUUUUUUUUGCAACUAGGUAUUACUGUUACAAUUUUAGGGAUACAAAAUUAAUAGGUUAUAUUUGUUAUUAAUAUUGUUUAUAGCCAAUAGGAAAUUAUUUUUUGACCAGAAAAGGGUUAUUUAAAAAACUGGUGCGAGUGACUCCUCAAGUGACUUCUCUUUUCCAGUUUAAACUUUGGAGCUAGCCGAGAAUAAAUAAUACUUUCUUGUUCACAAAAAAUCUGCAGCCAUCGUUAUACAAAAUUGGCUAUCACCUAUGCGCUUAAAAGUUCUUAUUGUUGAUAUAUCUUUUAUUGUUUUGUGCAAAUGAGUGUUUACUAUAGACCUAUGUGAAUGUAAUUACUUUAAAAGACAUUUUUUUGAUUGCUUAUAAUUCUCUUUUAAUUUCACCACGCAUCAACUUUACUUAAAGCGAGGAUGUGAACAGUACAGAGAUUUAAACCAAUAUGAAAUUCCGACAACACAUCGACAAGCAUCGUCUUUUAUACAUCAUUGGAAUACUGAUCGCCUUUUCCGUCGGUAAUUUAAUUGGCCGCUCGUUUUACCAUACCAACGAUGUUGCUCCAUCUAGCAACUCUGCAGCUCAGCAGUUAUAUUUUGCCUAUUUGCAACAAAAAAUCAUACGUGAAAGAAGAGAGGAUAAAAGACAAGACAAAGAUGUUGAUGAAGAAGAGGAUGAAGAAGACGAUAAUGAUGCCGAAGUGAUAAACCAAAAGGAGAAUGGCGUCUACGUGGGCGACGAAAAAGAUAAAGGUGCACCGACACUAUCACAAAAGGAUAAUAAAGCUAAAUUAGAUAUUGUGACAAUUGUAAAUGAACCUGAGAAAACGCAUGGAGACGCGCAAAACAAAAAGUCAGAAACUUAUCCAGUGCGAAAAAAAACAUUUGACGGAGUUGAUUACAGGGAUGAAAAUGUAGAGGAUAAUACAGAAACAAACGGAAAAGAGGGUGACAACGCAGGAGAAAUGAAUAAAAAGGAUGAAAUGAACAAAGAACACAACAUACAGGGUCGUGAGGAUGAACCGGUAACAAAUAUAAAUGGGAAAGCAGAAGACGUUAAUAAAAACGAAGAACGGGACAAAAACGUGGAAAGUGAAAGUGAAAAUAAAGGUACGCAAAGUGAAAGCAAGAAUCAAAUUCAUCAGGAUAGAAAUAUAAACACAGAUGAAGUGGACGAGAAAGAAGAAGAAGGGGGUAAAAAAAGUAAAGAUAAACACGCACAAACUAAAGAUACAGAGGACGAAAGUGAAAAAAAUCAAAUUCAUCAGGAUAAAAGUAAAAACGCAGACAGUAUGGACGAAAACGAAGAAAAAGGGGAUGAAAAGGCGGAAACUGAAGACAAAGGAGAAAUUGCAAAGAAAAAAGCAGAAAGUGAAGACAAAAACGCUGAAAGUAGAGGUGAAAACGUAGGAAGUGAAGAUGAAAACGCGGACAGUGAAGAUGAAAACGCAGAGAGUAAAAAUGAACAAUCAGAAAGUAAAGACGAAAACGCAGAGAGUAAAGAUGAACAAUUAGAAAGUAAAGAUGAAAAAGCAGAAACUGAAGAUGAAAACACUGAAAGUAAAGAAAAAAACGAAGAAAGUGAAGAUAAAAACGAAGAAAGUGAAGAUAAAAACGAAGAAAGUGAAGAUAAAAACGAAGAAGGUGAAGAUAAAAACGAAGAAAGUAAAGAAAAAAACGAAGAAAGUGAAGAUAAAAACGAAGAAAGUGAAGAUAAAAACGAAGAAAGUAAAGAAAAAAACGAAGAAAGUGAAGAUAAAAACGAAGAAAGUGAAGAUAAAAAUGAAGAAAGUGAAGAUAAAAACGAAGAAAGUGAAGAUAAAAACGAAGAAAGUGAAGAUAAAAACGAAGAAAGUAAAGAAAAAAACGAAGAAAGUGAAGAUAAAAACGAAGAAAGUGAAGAUAAAAACGAAGAAAGUGAAGAUAAAAACGAAGAAAGUAAAGAAAAAAACGAAGAAAGUGAAGAUAAAAACGAAGAAAGUGAAGAUAAAAAUGAAGAAAGUGAAGAUAAAAACGAAGAAAGUGAAGAUAAAAACGAAGAAAGUGAAGAUAAAAAUGUAGAAAGUGAAACCAAGAAUCAAACUCAUCAAGAUAAAAGUAAAAACGCAAAGAACGUGGACGAAAACGAAGGAGAGGAUGAAAACGCAGAAAAUGAAAGCAAACACGGAGAAAUUGCAAACAAAAACCAUAAAAAUGAAAAUAUAAAAAUUAAAGAUAAAAGAAAAGGUGAUGAAAAUGAAGAUUCUAACCAGGAUGAGAAAAUAAGUGGAAAGACAAACGCAGAAAAUGAGAGUGAGCAACAAAAGUACAAUAAUAAAGUAUAUUUGUUCGAACAUAAAAAUAAAAGUGUACACAAUGAUGAAGAUGAAAUGACAAACAUACCUGAGACAAAAAAUGCAAAACACAAGAAGAUUUUUUUUGCAAAACAUUUUCCUGAUGUAAAAAUGAGUAAGCCGAUAUUUGAAAUAAUUAGAAAGAAGAAUAUACAAGCUAAAGAAAGAGAAGAUAGAAGAGAAAAACGUGUCGGCGAACGGUAUGUGCACAAGACUAUAAGUGCCAAUUAUGCAAUUAAAGUUGAAACGGAUAGCCCUGUAGAUAACAAUCCGGUUACUAAUAAAAAUGAAGCUGAUCAUGAGAAAGAUGACGAGUUUGAUGUUGACGAUGAAGAAAAGAAUGAAAUUUCAUAUAAAACCAUAUCGACUCUAUCAAAAGGAUACAACCAAGCUAUGGUUUUACACAAAAAAUGCUCUCGGAAGUAUAAAAACAUGAAGGAACGGAAAAAGUUGAUUUUAAUCACAGCUUUCACGAAUCCUCAAAGUAUAAACUUGUACAGUGCACGUAAACAAACCGUAGAGAAGAUGAAAGCAAGACUUAUGGAAAUUCUUAACACUGUACAGAAGAACCUUAACAAUCAGAUGUUUGAAAGUGUUCACAUCUUUACCCCAACAAAUGACGAUGCCGAUUAUCUCCGCAAAAUAGAUUUUUCAAAUUCUCACAAGCUAAUCUUAGUGGCGGUCAAAAAAACUGUCACAGUGAAGCUUAUUUUAUCUUACGUAACAAAAUGUUUGAAAAAUAAAUAUGUUGUCAUGACAAAACCAGAUAACUUGUUUGGAAAAGGUUGGGAGAAUUUAGAUUUCAAUCACUUAAAAACAGAAAAGCUAUUGUAUGCCGUCACACGACAUUCCUCGAAAACAUCUUGCCGAUAUUCUAAAACACAAGCACAUUGUGAUCGUCGAAACAUGUAUCGCAAAAGCAAUGAUGUGAUCGUGUUUUAUGUACAUGGUUCGUUCUCUCUGAAGAAUUUACAAAAGCUCAGAAACGCUACCCUAUACCAUGUUGGCAUAGAAAAUACUUUAAUCUGGACAUUUAAAUACGACCUCGGGUAUACAAUAUUGAAUCCUUGUAGAGUAUUAUUUGUGCAUCAUGAACAUUGUGUUCCGUUACAUGAAGAAUAUAGUGAAUUUGACUUUGACGACAUGACGUACGUUUGGCCGUCAAAAAAAUUGUUUUGAAGCGUAAUUAAAUGAUGACGCGUAAUAUCAACACAUUUUAAUUUCACAAGUGAAAUUAACUUGAAAAUUGGUGUUAAAAACUUUGUACAGUCGCCAAAUUUAGUGUGUUACUUAAAUUCUAAAAAAAUCUGUGCAGGAGACUAAUUGAAUUUGAUUAAAGGUCAUGUGCACUUUAAAAACAACAUGUAACUACAUUAUGAUAAUGUAUGUGGCUGCUAGCCGUUUCUUUCAGCCUUCUUUUUCUUUGAUAAAUAGCCUCGUUUGCACCAUUUUCUUACUAUACAUAUUCCAAUACACUACUUGAUGGUUCAUCCAAAUUUAAAUUAAUUUACAUGGUUCAGUAAAUAUAUUUCUAAAAUACUUAAUCGCUUGUUUAUUUUUUAAAACGCUGAACCCUAGCACUAACAACUUAAAGAAUUUAGCAAUAUUGAUUUCAACAUCAGAAGUUCACACAAUAAGAGUACAAAAGAAAGCAGGGUCAUAGCAGACACCCAUUACCAUUUUAGGGAGGUAAAAAAUUGAGAUUUUAGGUUCCUGGAGUCAAAAUGCAUCCUCUGUAUCAGUCUCUAAAAUUAACAAAAUCGGCAAAACUUUUUUUGGGGGGUAACCCAUCCAUCUAGGCUGCUAAAGCCCU